AUUUCACCCAUAUCGUAUGUUCAGUUUAACCGUGAAAUUUGCCAGUGCCAGACGCUUGUCGUGUAGGAUUCUACGCGAAAUAUUAAUAUUCAAAAAAUCUUAAUCACUCGGUCGCUGUUAAACGCGUUGUUGUGUGUUGUUUAAUAUGGAAGGUGCUGGUUUAUCACCGUGGAUGAUGUGGCCGCAAGCAAACACGACCGAUAGCGAGGACGUGCCAUUAGGGAUAAAUGGUGUCAAUCCGUGCCUGGACGAAAAUGGGGAGGCUCACCGGACGAGUCGGUUUGAAUUGAUGAAUAGACACAAGAUGGAUACCGGAAAUCCUGUGUUGGUGGUGAGGCGAGGUCAACCAUUUCAGCUGAAGAUGUACUGCGAUAGACCUUUCGAUGAGGAUCGGGAUGUGAUUUCGUUCAUGUUAGCAGUGGAACCGAUGAAUGAAGAAAGGGUGAGCCAUGGUCAUGGUACCGUAGUGCAUUUACCUUUGGAUAAGGGUGAUGGUGUGGACGAAGACGAAUCAGAUUGGAAGGCCGUUCUGGAAUCGGUUGAGGAUAAUGCACUCACGAUAAACAUCAGGGCAUCGGCAAAGGCUUCGGUGUCCAAAUGGAGCAUGUCAAUCGAUACCAAAUUGAUUGGAUCGGAUCAAGUAAUCAACGCGAACGUCUCAGUUGCAUUUUAUUUGCUGUUCAAUCCUUGGUGCGAAAAUGAUUGCGUAUAUCUGGAAGACGAAAAACUCCGUGAGGAGUACGUUCUUAGCGAUACGACAAUGAUUUGGCGUGGUUGCAAUCGUAGUUUCCAUCCAACCAUCUGGAAGUUGGGACAAUUCGAGCAAGAUAUUCUGGACUGUAGUUUUCUGCUGUUGUCCAAAGUUGGACGUGUUAGUGCAACAUACCGUGGUAAUCCGAUUCGUGUGGCGCGUGCUCUCUCGGCAGCUGUGAAUAGUAACGACGACAAUGGAGCGUUGUUGGGACGAUGGGGUAAGGAGUUUCCGAAUGGUACACCACCUACCUCAUGGGUUGGAUCGGUUGAUAUCCUACAACAGUACUUCAAAUCGGAAACAUCCGUGAGAUACGGACAGUGUUGGGUGUUUGCGGGGGUUCUAACUACAAUCUCGCGAGCUCUCGGCAUUCCUUGCCGCGUAGUGUCCAAUUUCAAUUCUGCCCACGAUUCCGAGGCAUCGUUAACGAUUGACUACUACCUUGGCGAGACCAAUAAUCACCUAAGCGAAUUUAGUUCGGACUCUACGUGGAAUUUCCACGUAUGGAACGAAAUGUGGAUGCAAAGACCAGACCUUGGGGAGAGAUCCGACGAGCUGUACGAUGGAUGGCAGGCGGUUGACGCGACUCCACAGGAGCUGUCUGAUGGAAUGUUCAAGCUGGGACCGGCACCGGUAAAGGCAGUUAAACGUGGAGAUGUCAACGUGCAUUACGAUUGUGAUUUUGUGUUCGCUGAGGUUAAUGCCGAUGAGAUUUUCUGGAGAUAUAGAGGUCCAGGUCAACCGCUGAAGUUAGUGAAGAAAGAUCCUACGAAAAUUGGACAAUUCAUCAGCACCAAAGCUGUGGGAGCCUUUGAGCGUGAAGACAUCACUGAAUCGUACAAAUUCGAGGAAAGAUCUUGUGACGAGAGAAUUACAAUGAUGAAAGCACUGAAGCAAGCCACCAGUCCUUUGGCGAGAAUUUACACGAACGAAGAAUUUCAUGACAUUGAUUUCGAUGUGGAAAUCCGAAAUGACGUAAAAAUCGGAGAACCCUUCACAAUCAUCCUGAACAUAAAGAAUAAUUCUGACAGUGAAACUUACCCAAUCGACGGAAUGGUACACGUGGAUACCGUUCUCUAUACGGGAAAGAUGAGGACACCUUUGAAAGCGAUUCCAUUCGAGGUGGAAAUGGAACCAAAUUCAACCAGUUCGGUAGAAUUACAUGUUGAGUUUGAAGAAUACUACAGCAACGUUAUGGAUCAGGACUACUUCAAGAUUAUGUGCUCAGCCAGUGUCCGUGGAACUAACUACGAAUAUUUUGCCCAAGAAGACUAUCGAGUGCGUAAGCCGGACAUUAAAAUCAAUCUGGACAACGAACCUACCAUGGGAGCUCCUCUUUACAUUACGGCUACACUGGAGAACCCUAUGCCCAUUCCACUAUCAAGCGGGGUAUUCAGAUUUGAAUGUUCUGGUGUGUGGCAGCCGGUUGAAAUCCCUUACGACUACAUCGAUGUCGAGCAGACGGCAAUCGUUAAAUUUCGUAUGACGCCUCAUUUGUCUGGAAGUGCACAGAUCGCGGCCAAAUUCAACGCCACCGAGCUGAACGACGUGGACGGUUUCAUUUCAUUCGAAGUUAGUGACAACGUUGAAGACAACGCCGGUCGCUCACUGAAAAAUACUCUUGUUUUCGCUUAGAUCUAACUACAUGUAUUAUUUAACCAUUCGUUUCGGUUUUUCCCCCAGUUGUGCGAAUGUAUACCUCAAUAAAGCAAAAAUCGAUGACAUCAUUUCUA